GUCAAGCGCGCCAAGCCAACGCCUCCGUGGCCAAGCGUGUGCGUAUUUACCACAUUCCUGCGUGGUAUUUACGAAUCAAUAAGGCAUUAUGGCGUCUCCUUGUGCGUCGGUGUUGUCGCGGCACCAGAUUCUUUACAAGUCCAAAACACCGCCUUGGAAAGAAACGUAUCGAAACCAGUGCAGGGAGAGGCUUCGAAAAGGAAGGCAAGCCUUGUUCGACUCCUUCAGAAGUACCGGGGAUGCAUGUCACAGCGAGCAACAGCUCCGUCGCUCGGUUACAGAAGUUGUUCGGCAGGAGCUGGACAUAUUUCGAGGUGCGUCGUCUGCGAACUCUAUAGCCAGGAGUCAAGAAAGUGCGACUGCUGAAGUACCCUGGGACGAAACUGAAUUGAACGAACUGCUAAUGGAAGAGACUUUUGCUGCGUUGCUGGAGGAGGAAUACAACAUUUGGAAGCAGUACGAAAGCGUGCUGGCAUUGCAAAGUCAGGAAGUGGAUGCUGCUGUACACAUGUGGAGCAGUGAUGUUGUGGUAUGUCCCGUCUGCCUCAGAAACGAUUUGGACAAGAAAGAAGGCCGCAUAACUUGUGCUUGCGGACUAAUGAUCCAUACUGCACUGUCUUUGACAGAAGUCCGGCUGUGUGUCGAGCGCGUUAUUGAGUCUCAUUCGUCACGUUGCCCAUCGUCUCCAACUUUUUCAAUGAUCGCAGCAUCUGAACCUGCCUUACUGUGCCUUUGUAACUACUGCGACUUCAUGAGCAGCGUGCUCUGAAUCUUCUGCUCUGUUGGACGAUGCGCAAUUCAGUGUUUCCUUGGACCUGAAGAACGUAAAAAUAUAAUGUUACUGUGGCAUUACGUAAGCCAUGUUAAGUGAAUGUGUUUCUGUCCGCGAUGUACAAAAUUGUGUCAUUCAGUAAAAAGUUUUUUGAGAUUCGCUA